UAGCCGCACGCGCCGCUAUAAAAUAAAACGGCCCAUUUCGGCCAGCCGCUCCAUCCCCUUGGAAGAACACACACUCCAAUCCAAUCCCAACCUCUCUCGCUCCCCCAAGUUAAUCCGAUUCGAACCCUUCAAUCAUCCCCUUGAGGUAGGAAGAGGGAUUUAGGGCGGCGAAGAUGAGGGAGAUCCUGCACAUCCAGGGCGGGCAGUGCGGGAACCAGAUCGGGUCCAAGUUCUGGGAGGUGGUGUGCGACGAGCAUGGCAUCGACCCGACGGGGAGGUACGUCGGCACGUCGGACCUGCAGCUGGAGCGCGUGAACGUCUACUACAACGAGGCCUCCUGCGGCCGGUUCGUGCCCCGAGCCGUGCUCAUGGACCUCGAGCCAGGCACCAUGGACUCCGUCCGCACGGGGCCCUAUGGCCAGAUCUUCCGCCCCGACAACUUUGUCUUCGGCCAGUCCGGCGCCGGCAACAACUGGGCAAAGGGCCACUACACCGAGGGCGCCGAGCUCAUCGACUCCGUCCUCGACGUCGUCCGCAAGGAGGCCGAGAACUGCGACUGCCUCCAAGGUUUCCAGGUGUGCCACUCGCUGGGUGGUGGCACCGGGUCCGGCAUGGGCACGCUGCUGAUUUCCAAGAUCAGGGAGGAGUACCCGGACCGGAUGAUGCUGACCUUCUCCGUUUUCCCAUCGCCCAAGGUGUCCGACACGGUGGUUGAGCCCUACAACGCCACUCUCUCAGUUCACCAGCUUGUGGAGAACGCUGACGAGUGCAUGGUGCUGGACAACGAGGCACUCUACGACAUCUGCUUCCGCACCCUCAAGCUCACCACCCCUAGCUUUGGUGACCUGAACCACUUGAUCAGUGCUACCAUGAGCGGUGUCACCUGUUGCCUUCGCUUCCCAGGACAACUGAACUCAGACCUCCGGAAGCUUGCUGUCAACCUGAUUCCAUUCCCACGCUUACACUUCUUCAUGGUGGGCUUUGCGCCACUCACCUCUCGUGGGUCGCAGAUGUAUCGCUCCCUCACUGUCCCUGAGCUCACACAGCAAAUGUGGGAUUCCAAAAACAUGAUGUGCGCUGCUGACCCGCGCCAUGGCCGCUACCUGACAGCCUCAGCCAUGUUCCGUGGCAAGAUGAGCACCAAGGAGGUUGAUGAGCAGAUGAUCAAUGUGCAGAACAAGAAUUCGUCCUACUUUGUGGAGUGGAUCCCCAACAAUGUCAAGUCGAGUGUGUGUGACAUCCCCCCUCGUGGCCUCUCCAUGGGGUCCACAUUCAUUGGCAACUCCACCUCCAUCCAGGAGAUGUUCCGUCGUGUUAGCGAGCAGUUCACUGCCAUGUUCAGGAGGAAGGCCUUCUUGCACUGGUACACUGGCGAGGGAAUGGACGAGAUGGAGUUUACUGAGGCUGAGAGCAACAUGAACGACUUGGUCUCGGAGUAUCAGCAGUACCAGGAUGCGACAGCCGACGAGGAGGUUGACUAUGAGGAAGAAGAGGCGGAGCAGGAGUAAGGUCGGUGCCCGUUGCACGAUGGUAUCUCUCCAUCUGUGCUUUUCGUUGAACUGGAGCUUGCGUAUGUUAUCGAGUACUUCAGCUGUUACUCGUACUAUCGUUACUCUGCUGCAUGUUUCUGUUGUGUGCCAUGGCAUGUAGUGGCAGUGAGCAAUGAGUUUGUAUGCAGGCAUGUUGCCCGAUGCUAUGUUAGCUUGAUUUAGGUUGUGAGGUGUGACUAUUGGAGCCAGUGGUUUGGAAAUGGAAUGGUUGCUAUUGUUGUGCAACUCCUGCCGGCUGGCCGGUCUCGAGGUUGCA